AAAACCACACAAAUUUUCAAUAAAAAAUUAUGUCAGCCAGAAAUUUACUACUCUUGGGACAAUGUAUGCCCUGUGUCAAAGCUAAUGCCUCCAAAAUCCGGAUACGUCGCAUGGAAUUGGACAAGAAUUUGAAUAUGUAUUUCAAAAAAGAUGAAUUCCUAUUUGCCCACGAUCCCGAGAAGGUUUGCAAGACCGGUGAUGUUGUUCUGAUACGUGAAUUACCCGAACGUCUGACCCGACUUAUUACCCAUAAAGUGGAAAAAGUUGUUUAUCCACUUGGUGACAUAACAGAUCCUAUUACCGGCAAAUCGGUAGUAGUUGGUAAAUAUCGUGAUCAAAUUGAGGAAGCCAAUCGUAUGUUUGGUAAAUCGGAGAAGGCAUUCGAUUAUACCAAGGCACCGCCUCGUGGCCGUUUGGAGGGUACAAAAGAUUUUACACACGGCGAAACCUAUAUUAAAUAUCAUGAAGAUGGCAAAGAUCAACCGUUUGCUGUGUGAAG